ACAGUGCCUGGAACGUUAAAUAUCUGUUAAAUAUGUGCCUGGAACGUUAAAUAUUUCCAUUGGUUCAGAAGCCCCAUGGCCAGGGGCUUCUGCACCAAUGGAAAUAUUCUCCUCUUGGGUCUCUGGAGCUUCUGUUAUCUGAACGAAGUGUCUGCUGGCCACAUCCUAUCUCAAUAUAUGCUGCUUGCCUGGAAGCAAGCUCAGCUGGUCCCUCCAGGGCAGGUGAGCCUAUCUUAGGGGGAAGACUGGGAGCUUCAGAGCCAACAGUAGAGCCAGCUGAAUGAUCCAGCCUUCUAAGCAGCUUAGCCUAGCACUCCACAUCCAUUAAGAGUCAGUGUGGGGUGAGAAGUGGAGUCAGAAAGAGUGAGAAAAAUGUGCGUCCUGAAAGGCAAGGGACUCCAAAGCAUUUCAAGGAGGGGGUAAUAGAGUAUCAUACACUGAAGGGAGGUCAAGAAAUCUAUGAAUCGGAAAAUGUACAUGUCUUUUUAGAGGAGCGAAAUUUUUUAAGUGUCCUUUAGAUUUAGGCACAUGGGAUAAUCUUAAAGUGACAAAUUGGGCGGAGUUUGGUGGAGGUGGCAAUCAGAGGUAAAGCGGAUGGACAUCAGGAUAAGAUGGCGAGAGUAAAGGAGCAGUCUGAUGAGCACCUCCAGGGCACGUGUGAUAAUCACGGCCGUCCCUCCCAAGUGCUGGGACUGCGCUAGACAUGGUUACUAAUGGUUACUAAUUACUUGGAUAAUUGGGGCUUCUCGUCCCGAACACUGCGUUGGCCAAAUGCCGGGAGCUUGGCCCGCGGAUUCAGGAAAGGGUCAGGAAAGGGGGUGGGGCUCGUGCGAACUGGCGUGAAAGCGGAAGGACUAGAAGUCCUAUCACGCAUCGGGUCAGUUGCCGCAAGAAUCCGCCCUCCAGUGCCAGGCGCUCGAUUGCGCUUCCUACGGCAGCCCAGGGGCAAACGUCUCAGGCACCCGCCCAAUAUGGCCUCUGCUGGCGCCAAAGUGGGUGUGGUUCUCGGAAAGGCCCCGCCCCCAGAACGCUUCUCCAAUGGGGGCCGCCCUCGUGUCCAUGGCGACGGCGGCGGCGGCAGCCUGCUUGCUUAAGGCGGCGCCGCCGGGAUCUCCAAGAUAGAAUCUAAGAGGAUGGAGCCAAGUACCUGUAAGACCAGCGAAUCAGAGGAAAACUAUGGUGAAGAAGAGGAAUCCGAGGAGUGUGUUAAAGGGGAAGCUACCAUCCCUUCUAACCCUUCUCAGCAGGCACUCUCAAAGCUGACUAAUGCAUUUAGGAAUAGAGUUCCUUUAUCCAUUGUAGCCAAGAAAAUACCAAAGAAAAUCAUAACCCCAGCUGACCCAGAUGAAUUAGAAGUUGGGAGAAAGAGAAGGUGGAAACACAGACCCCUGGCCAUCAAUCUGACCAACUGCAAGUAUGAGAGUGUGCGUCGGGCAGCCCAAAUGUGUGGCCUGAAGGAGGUGGGGGAGGACAAAGAGUGGACUGUGUAUUGGACAGACUGCUCUGUCUCACUGGAACGCAUCAUGGACAUGAAGAGGUUUCAGAAAGUCAACCACUUCCCUGGCAUGACAGAAAUCUGCCACAAAGAUCUGCUGGCUCGGAACCUCAGCCGCAUGCAGAAACUCUAUCCUACUGAGUGCAACAUCUUCCCGUGCAUCUGGUGCCUCCCUGCAGAAAUGUCUCAGGGGGAUGGAAUGACCACUGUAUUAUUACUUUUCCCUGGUGGGUUUGCAUGCUCUCAGCCCUUCCUCAUUGAUGGCUUCAAGUUUGACAUGCGAAUGUAUGUCCUGAUCACACCCUGUGACCCUCUUCGGACCUCCAUGUAUGAGGAGGGCCUGGCCAGCUUUACCACCAUGCCCUACGUGGAGCCCAGCCACAGCAACCUGGAUGACCCCUGCAUGCACCUGACCAACUAUGCCGUCAACAGACACAAUGAGAAUUUUGUCCGGGAUGAUGCUGUGGGCAGUAAGAGCUACCGAACCUGUUUUCCCCAGAAUCUGAGUGGAGGUACAUGUGCCUGUUUUGAGAUCCUCGGUUUUGACAUCUUGCUGGACCACAAGCGGAAGCCCUGGCUGCUGGAGGUAAACUACUCUCCAAGCUUCACCACCGACUCACACCUUGAUUGAGAAGUGAAGGAUGCACUUCUCUGUGAUACCAUGACCCUUGUCAACCUCCAGGGUGACAAAAGAAAGGUGACAGAAGAGGAUAAGUGGCGAGUCAAGGAGCGGCUUUUCCAGUGCCACCAACAGCCAAGAGAAGCCAGGGGCCUCAGGUGUUUGACGUGUGUUUAGUUGUGUAACUUACCUUAUUACUUUCCUGAGAGUAAAAGUCCUUCUCUAGAUGGAGAAGGCAGUCUGGGGUUGAUUAGCUAUUAAAAACAUUUUUUUUGCAUCGAUAAUACACCACAUAUCAUAGAUAAGUGAUGCAUUAUCUAUGCAAAUUCCAAAGACACAGUGAAUAGUCUCUCCUACCCUCCUCCUCCAGCUACUCAGUUUUCCUCCCUGGAGCCAAUCAAUGUUCCCUGGGUCAUGUGUAUACUUUCACAAACAUUUAAUGCACAUAUAUACAUGUAUUUAUAUAAAUUGUUUUCUCCCUUUACCCAGAAAAUAGCAUAACUUUCACACUGUCUGUAUCCUACUUACCAAUGCAUUUUACAGCUAUUUAUGCAUUUUAUAGCUAUUUCCUAUUAGCAUGUAAGGAACUUUAUGGGGUUUGUUCUUUUUUUUUUUUAUUUUCAACAAAGCUCCUCUAGAAACCAUUACCUAAGAAGGUUUAUAAUUAUGAAACAGAAAACAGUUUAGUCAUUCAAUAAUAGGUUAUUGUUUAAAUCAGUAGUUUACCCACUGUUGUUUUAAUUGUAAGAUGGGUUACAAACAUGGUAAUGUGUUGCUGAUACUCAAUUAUAAUUUGUUAAUAAUAAAAAUGAACUUGAGUGGAGUGAGGAUUAUUCUUGUAAUAGUAUCACUCUUCA